AUGGGUGGGAGCCGAGCCCUUUCCCUCUCCUCCCUCUGCGCCGCCUCCCUCGCCGCCGCCGCCGCCGCCGCGACCAGGUUCCCCCUCCUCUCCCCCCACCACCGCGCGCGCCACCUCCGGCCCCGCCUCGCCGCCGCCAUGUCGUCCUCCUCCUCGCCCGCCCCGGCCCCUGGGUCCGACCCCGCGGCCCCGGCGGCGUCCUCGGCGUCCUCCGCCAUCGACUUCCUCACGCUCUGCUACCGCCUCAAGACGACGAAGAGGGCUGGUUGGGUGAGGCGCGGGGUGCCGGGCCCCGAGUCGGUGGCCGACCACAUGUACCGGAUGGGAGUCAUGGCGCUCAUCGCCGCCGACCUUCCGGCCGGCGUCAACCGCGACAGGUGUUGUGUGAAAAUGGCGAUUGUGCAUGACAUAGCCGAAGCUAUUGUUGGCGAUAUCACCCCUGCUGAUGGUGUACCCAAGGAAGAGAAGAGCCGUAGGGAGAAGGAAGCUUUGGACCAUAUGUGCGCAUUGCUUGGUGGAGGUUCAAGAGCCGACGAAAUUCGUGAACUUUGGAUGGAGUAUGAGAACAACGCCACUUUAGAAGCGAAGGUUGUUAAAGAUUUUGACAAGGUUGAGAUGAUACUUCAAGCACUGGAAUACGAAAAGGAGCAAGGGCGGGACCUAGAAGAGUUCUUCCAAUCGACGGCAGGGAAAUUCCAAACGGACGUCGGAAAAGCAUGGGCGGCAGAGGUUGCAUCGAGAAGAAAGUGA